AUGACAUGGUUCUUUCUAUGGUGCUGUCUGGUCUCGUAUUUUUCAUUCGUGAAUGCCGAAGACGAGAUUCCUACCGGACCACCCAUUCCGGUCACUGUCAGGGAGCUAAAAUCGGGUGAUACUCUACUAUUUGUCCAAGUUGUUUGGCGGCAUGGCGAUCGAGCACCGACAAUGACCUAUCCAACUGACGUUUAUCAAGAAGAUGCCUGGCCAAAUGGAUGGGGAGAACUUACACAGAUGGGAAUGCGUCAACAAUACGCACUAGGACAGGUCCUACGAAGGAGAUAUAUCGACAUAGACGAACCGUUCAUUAGCCACCGAUACAACUCAAAGCAGGUUUAUUUUCGAUCGACAGACGUGAAUCGGACAUUGGUUUCGGCGUACGCCAAUAUUGCGGGAAUGUUCACAAGCGGUGAGCCAGGGAAGGACUAUCCCGCGCAGGAAAGUUGGCCCACUGGUUGGACUCCUGUACCGGUGCAUACAAUACCUCUAGAGGAAGACUACGUUGGCAACGUUUUCGCUCCUUGUCCACGUGCCGAGCAAUUAGAUAACCAGCUGCGGAAUAGCGUUGAAUUUCAAGCGAUCAAGAAGAGCAAUGAGGAGUUUCUGCAAUUUCUCAGCGAAAAGACUGGAAUGAAAGUCGACCUGACGAAUCUCUACCUUAUCAACGACGUUCACUACAUUGAGACGAUAUACAACAUGACCCAACCGGAUUGGUUGACUCCAGAAGUGUCAGAGCGACUGCGCAAUCUGACCCUAGUAGUUAACGAGUACACUUAUGGCAUCGCCAAGCCCUAUUUACCCGAGCUGAUUCGUCUGAGAGGAGGAUCGAUGCUUCGUUCAAUUGUGGAUCUGAUAGGUCAGAAAUUAUAUUGUCAUCGAUAUGUCAACGAACGUGAUGAAUGUGAUUGGAUUCGCCCGCUCAAGUACUACGCUUACUCAGCGCACGAUACAACGGUGGCAGCUUUGUUGACGACCUUCGGUGAUGAAGAAGCGGUGAUUCGUGGUGGGUUGCCUAAGUACACGGCUUCGGUGGCCGUCGAGCUUUGGAUGCUAGAGGAGGGGCCAGCUGUCAGGAUACUUUUCCAUGGAGCUUUUCAUCACAAUUACCAUACAAUCACUCAUCUUACUAAGGGUUGUCCUGAAGACAACGAAUUCUGUCCUUUAAAGGUUAGUUUUGAUCCUAUCGUUUCGUUAGCGUCAACAUCAUUCUAUUUCCUUCAAAAUUUUUUAAGAGGAUUGAUUUUAAUGAUUUUAAAAUUUCUUUUUGCACUCUUUCCAACCGAAUAA